AUGAAUUCUGGAUUUUCACGCUCAGUUCUCCCGCCAUCAUCGUCUUCGGGAUAUGCAACAGAUAGCGAUGUAUUUGAUGAGGAUCACCUGCCUUCACAUAAUAAUAGUCAAUACUCUCACUAUACACCUGCUAUUUCUCAUAGCAAUGUUGUGGAUUGGGCCCGCUCAGUGCACCUUGAAGCAUCUACGGUUUCCGCUCGCUCACAAGCACGCAUGAAAGAAUUUGAAAUGCAUACCCAAAAUUUUAUUCAGCUUGUUUCUACAUGGACUGAAUCUCAAGCAUCUCGUGAAGAAAAUCUUCAAUCAUGGCAAGAUCGCGUUUUAGAAACCUUUGAUCAAGCUAAGAUCGAUGUUCAAAAAAUUGAACAAACUGUAGCUUCUCUUGAGUUUCAAGUCAUUGCUCUUAACGAUAUGAUAAUGAGUAUGAAAAAAAACCAAGAACAGACUAACAAAUCCAUCGCAUUAAUUGCGGCUAAAAUGGAUAAGGUACUAUUUAAAGCAGUAUCUAACUCCAAAUCGCCUGACUCUAAACUUCAGCCUAUUCUUUUAUAUGAUGACGAUGAAACUCUUUUAUCAGAUUCCGAAAAUUCUCAGUCAAGACUUUCAGAUAUUCAUAGUCGUCGUUUGCUUCCAUCAUCUCCCGGUCCUUUUGAUCUUAAUGAUUUUGUAGAAAAUUUGUAA